GAAAUAUACGCUACAUGGACGAAGUGAUUUUUGUUACCGACCCUGCAAGUAUUUUACUGAAUGCUGCAUAUGAAGCUGUAUCUGGAUAUGAGAAUAUUAACCCAAAGCGCCUCGGAUCUUGUGAAGUCACCAAGUUAUAUCCGUGUAAACCGUCUAAAGACGUUUGUUUCGUCCUUGCACGUUUCGAAGGAAAAUGCUACGAACAUCUUCGUUCAUUGGGAGUAUCAAUUUAUGGUCCACAAGUUAUUCUGCACUAUGUAAGAGAGAAUAAAGCUCUGCCGAAUCUCCCGUAUCCUCUGUUCUCGACAGCCCUCAUGAAUGCCACUGCCACCGUUACGUCCGUUACCGGAGUUCAGAGGAAGCAGAUAUUUGACUCGAUACAAAUGCUUCAUGGGACUGUGUCGCGUGACCUAACAGAUAAUGUUAAUGUUGUAGUCACAGCCAAGGUGGGAUCCAAGAAGUAUUUGGUUGGUGCUAGCAGGAAUCUUCAUAUCUUACUUCCUGAAUGGAUCUCCGAGGCAUGGCGGCUUUCGGAGAUUCAAGAUCCUAUCGAUAUGAUGUUACCAAUUUACACAGAGAAGUUCCGUGUCCCAAUAUUUUCACAGCUUGUUAUUUGUGUUUCGGGCUUAUCUGUGGAGGAAAGGAAAGAGGUCGCUGAUUUGGUUACUAAACAUGGUGGAAGUUACUCUGGGGUUAUGAAAAUUGGCGAAACGACACACUUAAUUACGCAACAAGCCUCAGGAACAAAAUAUGUUCAUGCAAAGAAGUGGAAAAUACAGAUAAUAAAUAUUCAGUGGCUCAUUGAUUCAGUUAGCAGAGGGUAUGCACUUGAUGAAGAAGAAUAUCGAGUAGACCAGUCAAAUGCAAAAUCAUCAACACCAACAUCAAAUACAUCUCAAAACAGUAUUUCAUUCAGAAACAUAUCAGCUAUUAGUUAUAUAGGUGAUGUUCAUACAAAAGUUGAUGAAACGAAAACAGAAUUUAGUCAUCGGGAAAGUGUUCAAGUUAGUAAUGCUAAAAGUAAUCUUCGCAUCCUUUCUGGCUGUGUAAUUAUGCUUUCUGAUUGCAGCAAAGAUGAGGUUCAGUCGUACUCACUGGUCAUCAAAGAACUAGGCGGUAAAUUAUGUACAGAGUUGCACGAUCAGGUAACAGAAAAUUUAACCCAUGUUAUCGUUGGAGAUGUUUCUAGUUUCAAUUUUAAGUCAAAAGAGAAGGAUGUUAUGUAUGUCCGAGGGGAAUGGCUGCUUGCAUGUCAGAGCUCUGGUCUGCGUCUUCCAGAGGAUAACUAUUUGAUAAAAGAUGCAGAUACAGACUGUGAAAAGACGGAAGAUAACGUAGAUAAUGCUACUAUGACAAACAUGGAUGCAACUGACCUCCAAUUAAUUAACCAGUACUUUGCAGACGGUGGUUUUGCAGAAGCUGAUGAUUUCCAAAAUGACUUCGAUGAGACAAGACAACUGACCAAAGUCAUUGAUGAAAAGUCAACCCAACGUGAGAAUAUAAACGAUGCUAAGCAAACAGAUGUUCCCGAAGUAUUUCAAAUUAGUGGUUGCUUUUCAAAGUUGUCAUUCUCUUUUCAUCAAGAGUUGAGUAGUGAAGAUGUUUCCAAGUAUUCUAGUGUAAUAACAACAUCGGGUGGUUCAAUAUCGCGUGGCGAGCAAUAUGCCGACUUUGUGGUAACUCCGUUUUUUGUCUUUCAGCUCCCUGUGGUACCAAAGUCCUGCCAAUUUGUUACUACAGCUUGGAUUUCACAUUGUGUACAUGAAAAAAGUCUGUGCAUACAAGACAUUAGCAGGGAAUAUGCGUUUAAACCUUUGAUAAGAAAACCAGAUCCACCACCUUUAUCAGGGUGUGUUAUUUCUCUUAGUGGUUUUGUUGGAAAUGAUAGAAAUUUAUUAACUUCAUACGCACAAGCCUUGGGAGCAAUUGUUCAAGAAUGCUUUCUUCGCAAGUCAGUAGUAUCCAGAAACCUCUCGGCCAGUACUCACUUGGUGGCAGCCAAGCCAGAUGGGCGGAAGUGGCCUGCGGCUAAACAGUGGGGUUUACCAGCUGUAAAUCGUAUGUGGCUCUAUAAGUGCGCUGAAAUGUGGUCUCUGGUUGAUGAGUCGAAAUUUCUGGUCUCUGAUGCAACUGAUACGUCUGAUGGCGGCAACAAUAAAGACACUGCAGCGAAUUCGAAGACUGUUGGCCCACCAGAUAUCAUGCCAGAGAGAAAAAGCUUAAAAGAGAUACAAUUCAAUAACCCUACCAAUUCAGAGAGUAAUGAUAGUCUUCGUAAAUCAAUGAAUGGCAAACCUAAUGAGAGUUUCGAAUGCAAUUUAGCCCUCAGCAAUCUAGCUGAAACAAUGCAAACACCUGAUUGGGUUCGUAAUGCCAACGGAAGUCAUAUGCCUAACUCAUCGCAUGAUCUUUCAAAUUCUUCUUACAGACCAUCUCCACCUUUGUCUGUACAAGUGUCUAGAUGCUUAAAAAAUGCAGUCAGAGAAACAUCAGCACUACCCAAACGAAAAUUGGAGCUUUCAGGUAAUUAUUAUACACUUUAA